AUGGCCCCCCAUCCCCUCUUCCCCAAACUCGAGGCGGCCGUCCUCGUGGACGGUCGCCCCGUCAAAGAACAUGCUGACCGUGAAGAUACUAAUGCCGAGUCCAAGGUAGUCUACAUCGAGGCCGAAGCGGGCGAGCAGUUUGGCGUCCGAUUCUUCAUCCCCGGCUACGUCUUCGACCGCCACUCCAUCAAGGUCAUUGUCAACAUCGACGGUGUUGACAUGCGCAAGUUCAUCUUCGAGCGGCACAAGUACGAUCUAUACGGCAUCACAAGACAGGUCAACGACAGCAGCGCGCUCAUCGGUCACAAGUACCUCGGCCAGCGCUUCCGCUUCGCUGAUCUCAACACCCAUGAUGACAACUACGAGAUUGACCACGCGCUUUGGAAGCAGCUGAAAUGGACUGGCAACAUCUCAAUCACCUUUCACCGGGUCACUAACGUACGCUUCGCCCGCGCGUGGAAGGACGUGCCGUCCAUGCGAGAGUACGACGAGGUCCCCGAGAAGGCACUGAAAGGCUCGUCCGUCUCGCACAAGACAACCCUCGACCCGCUGCACCGCAUUGCACCCGUUACAUUCAUGGAGGCAGACUAUGUCGACAACCCUUCUCGCCCUCUUGCUGAGAUCGAGUUCCGAUACCGGUCCAAGGAAGCUCUCAAGUACCUGUCCAUAAUCCCCCGCACACCUAGCCCAGAGCCCUUCAAGGAAGAUCUGUCGGAGGAGAAGGUGCAGAAGAUCUACCUCAAGCACGAGAAGACCCAGUCUCGUAAGCGCGACCACCCCGAUGACGACCAUAACUACGAAGACGUGGAGAUGGUAGAGGAGCGACCCGCGAAGCGACGCUGCUUCCCCACCAGCACCGACGAAGUCAUCUCGCUCGACUGA